UCACCACGACCCCAUCGUCACUCUUCCACUUCUCGCCUCAUCUCUCGCAGCCACGCACGAUGCCGAUCGCAGCCCCCGUAAACCUCGGCGCUGAAGCGACGGCGCAGAACAAGAUCUGGAGCACGGACCCACACGUGCGCUUCAACGACCAGGAGCUCACGAUCAUGCGCCUCGAAGGCCAGUUCUACUGGCACGUGCACAACGACAGCGACGAGAUGUUCCUCAUCAUCGACGGCGAGGUGUUCGUCGAGACGCGCGAGGGGAGCACGAACAUCGACGAAGAGGCCGACGCGCCCACUACCUCGCGCUGGCUCCGGAAGGGCGACGUGUUCGUCGUGCCGCGCGGCACGGCGCAUCGGAGCGCGGCGCCGAAGGGCGCAAGCGUCAUGUUUGGGCUUAAGAGCAACGCGCUGCUGUUCAUGAAGGACGACGAGAAGGAGGCCGAGGGCUCGCAGGGGUCGGUGUCUGACUAAAUCGGAGCUGUUGAGGCGUGGUCGUCGAGGCGAAAGAGUAGAGGCAAAGGCGUUGUAGACGUUUGUCUGUAGUGGUAUGCUAGCAUGGU